AUGGCUGGGGAAACUGAAACAGAGAGAGUCAAGACCUGUGAGAACUGCGUCCGGGCCAAGAUACGAUGUACGCAUGCGCCAGAUGCUACGAUAUGCGAUCGCUGCUAUCGCUUGAAGAAAGAAUGUUACUUCCGACUGGCACGGCAGCGAUCCGCCCCAAAGAAGCGCAGAAGAAACAAGCGCAUAGAAAUGCUUGAAGACAAAAUUGAUCAGAUAAUGGGCCAGAUCAACCUCGUCACCCCACGACGUCCAGAGCAUCCAUAUCACACCCCGAAUAGUGAAGUCAGCAGUACCUACCCACACGCCGAUACUAUCGACGUAAUCAAAAAUGGUCUGAUCAGCCAUGAAUCCGCAACUCAGCUCUUAGAUCAGUAUCGUGAAGCCAUGCUGUUCUUCCCAUUUGUCAUGGUCCCCGCAAGCACCACGGUCGAUGACCUAAGAGCCGAGAAGCCAUUCGUACUUCUAUGUAUUCUGGUCUUUUGCUCAUUCCACGACAACUCGUUGCAAAAGUCACUAGAAGAAGUUCUGCAAUCCUAUGUAUCAAGUGAGGUCCUUUGCUCAGAGCAUGAUAGCCACCCGCCUUCUUUCGAGAUUCUGCAGGGACUAUUGAUCAUCUUAGCUGGAACACGCCAGAGGCAUCAACUAUGUCGGUUUCCGUAUUACAUGCAGCUUGCCGUUGGUGUAGUAAUCAACGAACGACUCGACCGACAUCCGAAGUACAGAGUCGCCACACGGCUUGAGGUGGGUGAUGAAUGCGACGAAACAAGAAGAGGGACAGUCGCCGAUGAAAGUCGGGCCUUGAUAGGAUUAUUCCUACUCAACUCCACUGAUGCUAUUAUCAGACAGAAGACUUGCACAACGCCCUGGACACCGUUUAUAGAGUCAAUAGCUGAAGACUUGUCUCGGGUGGCCGAAUAUCCCACUGAUCGGUAUAUAAUCUAUUACGUCCAGUUACAGCAUAUGCUGCAGAGGUUAGAUGCUCUUACUAUGACUAGUAUUGAACGCCAUCCGGACAUGGAGCAACAUAUUCGAGCAUUUCGAGCAGAAGUUGAACAGUAUAAGAACCAAUUACCUGUUGAUCCAACCUGUGACCCAUUCAUCGCAACCCAGUACCACACUCUAGAACUCCAAAUAUGUCAAAUCAGUCUUAUAGACACCAAAGUAGCAUCCACACCAUCCGACAGCUUUCUCCUAGUCUCCCGAAGCGACACCCUCUGCCACGGACUAGCAGCCUCCAAGAGAUUCCUCGACUACUACCUCAAAUUACCACCAGUGAUAGAAAGGAACUACAGCAUCGUGAUCUGGCUAUCAUCGGGCUUUUUGGUUGCCGCCGCAUGCAAACUAGUUCUGGCAGCUUUGCACCCUUCACUCCGCCUUAAUACACAGGUACAAGAGCUUCGUGACGCGCUUGAUAUGCCGAAGAUGCUUCAGUUCUUUGUGGCUCGUCUCGAUGCAAUUGCGAAGACGUGUAAGGAUGGGGUAUUUUCGCAUUAUCAUAAAUGGACUCUGGCUGCUGCGACGUGGUUUGACAAGGCGUAUCAGGUUGCUCAGUUGGAGGCGGCGAAGAUUGUUGAGAAUGAGUCUUUACGCUUUGCGGAGCAGAAUCAGAAUAUGGAUCAGGGGAUUCAGACUGAUCCGAACUUGUUUGGGUUGGAUUUCGACAUUACAAUGGAGGAGUUGAUGGGGGGUUGGUCUGGACCGUUGCUUGGUAUUGGGCAUGUUUGA